CGUUGUAUUUGCAAAAGGAGAGGGUUUGAGCUCAACGACACCAGAGCUGGGGGCGCAGCAGCCAUCCGUGAGCCACGGGAAGCAGGAAAACCACCUUCGUCUUUUUUAUUUUACCUUUAAUUAUUAUACGAUGCAAAUAAAACUGAAAGCAGGCUCUAAAUGAAACAGUGAAACCGAUUUUAAAGUUUAAAUCAAUGGUACAGGAGGGUAUUAUGUCCAGGACGCCUUCCACCUCAACCCAGGAAAUCCAAAUGGACAUGUUUGACCACCACGGCUCGCACGCACAGGGGAAGUAUGCAAAGAGGAAGAGCCGUUUCAAACGUUCAGAUGGCAGCACGUCCUCAGACACAACGUCUAACAGCUUCGUCCGACAGGGCUCAGCAGACUCCUACACCAGUCGUCCUUCAGACUCUGACGUGUCUCUGGAGGAGGACCCUGAGGCUCUCAGGAAAGAAGCCGAUAGACAAGCUCUUGCCACCCUAGAGAAGGCUAAGACCAAGCCUGUAGCGUUUGCGGUGAGGACUAACGUUGGCUAUAACCCAGGCCCUAAUGACGAUGUGCCGGUUCAGGGCAUGGCUAUCUCUUUCGAACCCAAAGACUUCCUGCACAUCAAAGAGAAGUAUAAUAAUGACUGGUGGAUUGGGCGUUUGGUGAAGGAAGGGUGUGAGGUGGGGUUUAUCCCCAGUCCGGUGAAGCUUGAGAGCACCCGUCAAUUACAAGAACAGAGAAUGAGACAGAACCGCCUUAGCUCCAGUAAGUCCGGAGGAAGCUCUAGUCUGGAUGUUGCCACUGGUGCCCGGAGGCCCACUCCACCUGGAACAGCUGACUUGUCCUCUGGGCUUUAUGACGAUUCGGAUUCUGAAGUUGAGGAGGUGGAGCCUUCCAACACCCGCGACCAAAAGGGUGUGGGCGGAAGUGUCACCUCCCCUCAAGGCAACCUGCCCCGCCUCCCUUUCUUUAAGAAGAUGGAGCAUGUUCCUCCUUAUGAUGUGGUGCCUUCCAUGAGACCCAUUAUUUUGGUGGGACCAUCCCUUAAAGGCUACGAGGUGACAGAUAUGAUGCAGAAAGCUCUCUUUGAUUUUCUAAAACACAAAUUCGAAGGCAGAAUAUCCAUCACCAGGGUGACAGCAGACAUCUCACUUGCCAAACGUUCCGUGCUAAACAACCCCAGCAAACACACGAUCAUCGAGCGCUCCAGCACCAGAUCCAGUCUGGACGUACUGGCUGAGGUACAGAGUGAAAUCGAGAGAAUCUUUGAGCUGGCCCGGACACUUCAGUUAGUGGCUCUGGAUGCCGACACAAUCAACCAUCCGUCUCAACUGGCCAAGACGUCACUGGCACCUAUCAUAGUCUACAUCAAGAUUGCCUCUCCAAAGGUGUUGCAGAGGCUGAUAAAGUCCAGGGGUAAAUCUCAGGCCAAACAUCUCAACGUCCAAAUGGUGGCAGCUGAUAAACUUGCACAGUGUCCUCCGGAGCUUUUUGACAUAAUACUAGAUGAGAAUCAGCUGGAGGAUGCGUGUGAACACCUGGCUGAGUACCUGGAGGCCUACUGGAAGGCUACACACCCUCCGAGCAGCAAUCCCCCCAACCCUCUGCUCAAUCGCACCAUGGCCACGGCCGCCCUGGCAGCUUCACCCGAACCCGUCUCCAACCUGCAGGGACCGUUCCUGGUGCAUGGAGAACAGAAGAGGGAAGGGCCUGAACGGGGCAGUCUCCAAGACUACCAGAGCGACCUGGGUGGCAAGCAGCCGCUGCGCUCUUCACGCAGCCAGCUGCAAACCAGCGGCCGAGGUCUGUCACGGCAGGAUACGUUCGAUUCCGAGACCCAGGGCAGCCGCGACUCGGCCUACACCGACGACAUGGAGACCGACCCGUACGAGGAGCCGGACCCGUGCCGCUCCUACCGUCUCAACCCCGCCCACCACGCUCCUCGCCAGGCCUCCUGGGAGGAUGAAGGGGCGGAGCCUGACCAGGAGAACCUCAACAUGGUCCCACCACCAGCCAAUCAGCACCAGCGUGGACGAGGCAAGCUGAGGGAACGCUACUCUCAAGACGCAGGGGACGGCGGAGCCACGACGGGCCGCAACCAUAACCAGGAGGAGUGGAGCAGAGAUGUGUACAUUCGCUAGAGCAGGUUUACCUGAGACGAGGGUGACGAGUUGUUUAGAGCGACACUAUAUAGAAUCUCUAUAGUUGGAUCUGUUUACAACCCAGAGAAACACACAAUCAUUGACUAACGCUGUACAGCUGACACUCACGACAUUCGCAUUACGCUAACAAAGCUCUCGGUCAUUACAUAUUUUAGGGUCAGCACGUGUCCUCUUUUUCUCAGAAGUCUUUCUUCUUAGCCAGGAUUUUUUUUUUAAGUUCUAUUUAUGGGAUGUUUAUGCCUUUAUUGUGAGAGAAUCGUAGAGAGAUGACAGGAAAAUAUUGGCUGGAGAGAGAGCCGGGAAUUGAACUCGGGGUCGUUUAGUUUGGCCAGGAUUUCUAAAUAAAUUAAAAUGUAUUUUUUUAAAUAAAGGCUUGAAUACACUAGUUUGUAAAUAGUUGCAGAGGGAAAAACUAGGCAUCGUAUAUUGGAUGACUAAGGAUAAAACACUACCAGACUUUGAGUCUUUCCGAUCGCAACAACCAAGAUACCCACACAUUGUUGGUGGCAGCUGCAUGACAAAUGAAAACAUUGUUGCUGUUUUUUUCUUUUGUUGAAUUAAGUCAAAAUGUGAAAUGUUUAAUAUACUCUGACUGAAUGCAAAUGGAGGUCUAAAGCCAAAAUAUAAUAUCCUUGCCAGGACAACUCUGGAAAAAUAAAGACACGUGUUCACCCUAAUUUAGUUUAAAUCACAUUUUUUGGAAUAAGCAGGAGUACCUUUCUUCAUUUCUAUUUUACUUUUGUAUAGUACUGCAUGACUCCUAAUCAUUAGAAGGUUAGUAACUGUUCUCGCUGAGCAUUAAACACUAUUCAGAAUGUAUAACCAAAAUCUUUCAAGCGUAUGUGUGUGUGUUCCUAAAGGUUCGGUGGUCGGGUGUAUGUGUGUGUGUGUGUGUGUGUGUGUGUGUGCGCGUGUGCGUCCUCUGUAGUCUUAAACAGGGUUUUUCUGAUACACAGUAGUCUUUUUGGGACUUUCUUUCCACCAAUCUGUUUCCCCAGACUACACUACUGCAGAGUGUCUCUUUGUUUCUAUUUCUAUUUGAUUCUAUUUCUUUUAUUUAUUGAGUCUCGAAAGGUCUAUCCAGUUUUGAGCCUGCUAAAACCUUUACCGAGCUCCACCGCUGCUGCGUACUCCUCCAAUCCUCAAGGGGUGCUGUGGUGCUCACAUGCUAUAGUUUCAUAGGGCUAAAAAGCGCUAACGUGCAUCAACAGAUGUUCAUCCAAAUCUGCUAGCAUCUCUAAAAGGCUAAUAUGCAAAUAUAAAACAAUUAAGAGGGUCAAAUUUUAGAACUAAAUGCCCAAAAUGUUCGAGACCACCGCUAAUGUCGAACACAAAUAGCUUUGUGUUGAUUGUAACCGGCUCUGUCCCGUCUUCUGUGCCUGCUCAAGGGCUUUUAGCAUUUGUGCCGCUAGUGUACCACUGCCAUUGGAAACAUGUUCUGCCUUAUUUGCACGUCAGUCACACAAGCCAACCAAUCACAAGUGCCGUAAUCUCUCAUCAGGCCACUCCCACCAUGAACACGGUGGGCUGUCUAAACUCAGUGCAACACAUAGAGUUGUUGUUGUUGUUGUUGUGUGAUAGUAGACUACACUGCCAUUUUACCUUGUUAUCAUAGCGACAUGUUUGCACUGCUAGCUAUUCGAAGAUUAAACAAGGUGUUUAUUGCAUGACCGUUUAAGGAUUCACUUCAGAAGCUGAAAAGAUGAACACAAACUCAACACUGACGUACAUGCACACAUCCUACUGCCAAACUCACGCUAAUGCUACUGCUAUUUGUGUUGUUAUCUCUGUGGCCAAUUUCUAAGCCAGGACUGUGUGUGCGUGUGUGUGUGUGUGUAUGAAAUGGGAGAAAAUCUGGAGUCUUUACUAUUUUAUGUAACCAGAGCCUUGGUGAAUGUCUUUGAGCCUCUUUUUACCCUCACCUAUGUUUGAAAAAGAUCAUCAUGAUGGAAUUCGCUAAAUAUACAAGUAGAUAGCUUACUAAAUAAUGUUAUUGUUGCAUUAUCGCAAUUGUUUCAAAAUAUAAGGAAAACAGACGUAUUCUUUGGUGCCUGAUUGUAGCUCCAUUUUACUUUUUGUUUUUAAUCUGUGGAUAAAUUAAUAUUUUAAUUAAAAAUUUUAAUCUGGA